CUCCUUUUGGCGGGAAAUCGCUCCGCUUUAACAAAACUAAAUUAUCAAUUUGCUCGAAUUCAGCCUCACGGCGAUAUGAUUUUCGAAGGGGAAUCUCUCAGAAACAUUCAACAAAUUCGUGAUGUGGAUAAGCGCUGCGCUUACGUCAUAAGAUUGACGAUAUUUAUUGUAACGCGCUGCAUCAUCAUCGUAUAAUUACAACAAUUUUCGAGGCAAUGUUCGAAGGCUCUGCUGACCCGGCGCGUUCUGCGAUUGGCUCGCGCCGUAUCAGCUGAUCCGCGUCAGGCGCAUGUCAUGUCGUCUGCAUCUCAUUUCACACACGUCGCACACUCGACAACACGUUCUCUUUCGACGAGAAGCGCCCAGAAGCAUUGGACGACGACCACUUGUUGUUCUUCUGCAAAAUCGUCUUCCGCAGAUAUUCCACGUUUAUUUAGUUCCUCCUCCUCUCAUCUUUUGAAAGCACCGCAAAUAUGAGUACUCCAACAGCAGAUAUUGCCCUCAUUGGCUUAGCGGUGAUGGGACAGAAUUUAAUUUUGAACAUGAACGAUCAUGGAUUUGUUGUAUGUGCGUACAACCGUACUACUGAAAAAGUCAAGUCUUUCCUUGAGAACGAAGCCAAGGGCACAAAAGUUAUCGGUGCUUAUAGCAUGAAGGAAAUGGUCAGUACUUUAAAGAGUCCAAGGAGAGUAAUGUUAUUAGUCAAAGCUGGAGCAGCCGUUGAUGCCUUUAUUGAACAAUUAGUGCCUUUACUUUCUCCUGGAGACAUUAUCAUCGAUGGUGGUAAUUCUGAGUACAAGGAUACUGAGAGACGUACCAAGGAAUUAGAGCAGAAAGGGAUUCUUUUUGUAGGCAGUGGAGUCAGCGGAGGUGAGGAUGGCGCCAGAUACGGACCAUCCUUGAUGCCUGGUGGCAAUCCUAAAGCAUGGCCGCAUAUUAAAUCUAUCUUUCAGUCGAUAGCCGCGAAAGCUGAUGGAGAGCCGUGCUGCGAUUGGGUCGGCGAAACCGGUGCGGGACAUUUCGUCAAGAUGGUGCACAACGGCAUCGAGUACGGCGACAUGCAGAUUAUUUGCGAGGCGUAUCACAUAAUGCGAAGAGGUCUGCAGCUCACGGAGCAGGAAAUGAGCGCGACGUUCGAUGAGUGGAACAAAGGCGAACUGGAUUCAUUCCUGAUCGAGAUUACGCGGGACAUACUUAAGUACAAGGAUGAGAACGGCUAUUUACUCGAACGUAAGGAUACCGCCGGUCAGAAGGGCACUGGCAAGUGGACGGCGAUCGCCGCCCUGGAUUAUGGCGUACCGGUUACGUUGAUAGGCGAAUCGGUGUUCUCCAGAUGUCUGUCCGCGCUGAAGGACGAACGCGUAGAGGCGAGCUCGAUUUUAACUGGUCCGGAUCUAACAUACAAGGGCGACAAGAAACAGUUUCUUGACCAUUUGAAGAAGGCUAUGUACGCCGCGAAAAUCAUUUCGUACGCGCAAGGUUUCAUGCUGCUAAGAGAAGCCGCCAAGAUUCACAACUGGAACUUGAACUACGGCGGAAUAGCGUUGAUGUGGCGAGGUGGAUGUAUCAUAAGGAGCGCCUUCUUGGGAAAUAUAAAAGCGGCUUGACAAAAUCCGAAAUUGUCCAACUUGAUGCUGGACGAUUUCUUCGCCAAUGCUUUGCGUGACAGCAACCAAAGUGCCAGGAUAGUGGUGGGCGCCGCCGUAACGAUGGGCAUCCCGACUCCGGCUCUGUCGACUGCCCUGGCCUUCUACGACGGGUUCAGAAACCCCCGAUUGCCGGCGAAUUUACUGCAGGCGCAACGGGAUUACUUCGGCGCCCAUACGUACGAAUUGCUCGGCAAGGAAGGAAAGUUUGUCCACACGAAUUGGACCGGACACGGUGGAAAAGUGUCCGCCUCCACGUACGACGCGUAAACUCGGAGAAUCUUCCGAUAGUAUUACGGUCUAUCAUGUACAAAUAAUUGCCAGAAAAUAUUGCGGCACUAAAAUCAUGUAAGAGAUAUUUUUAUAAUUUACAUUUAUUUAUAAUAUAUGUAAAUGAUAUGAGA